CGAUAAAGGAAGUCGAUGGAGUCUACCUUCCCAAAACCGAAGAAGAGUUCGACGAGAACGACUUCAAGAAGAUGGAGCUCAAUGGCAAGGCAAUAAACAUAAUUUAUUGCGGAGUGAAUGCAGAUGACUACCGGAAGAUCUCGCGGUGCGAAACCACAAAGCAAAUGUGGGAGAAGCUGGAAAUCACCUACGAAGGAACCACCCAAGUUCGGGAGGCCAAAAUAGACCAACUCACUCACGAGUAUGAGUUGUUCUCAAUGAAGGAAAACGAGAAGGUGGAAGAGAUGUUCGAGAGGUUCUCCAACAUCAUCAAUCCUCUCAACCUUCUCGGAAAAGUCUACACCGACCGAGAACUUGUAAGGAAAGUGUUGCGGAGCUUGUCACCCAAGUGGCGUUCAAAGGCGGAUGCAAUCGAGGAAGCGCGCGGCUUCCAAACGAUGACUUAUGACUCUCUUCGAGAUGAUGAUAGUGAUCACAGCGACAUCGGGCUCUUCGUCUGGAGAUUCAAGAAGAUGAUGAACCAGACGAGAGCCAAGAAGAACACUCCACCCAAGUGCUAUGGAUGUGGUGAAAUUGGACACAUUAAGCCAAUGUGCCCCAAGCUCAAGAACGAGAAGGACAAGAAGGCACCAAAGAAGCAACGUGCCUACAUCUCUUGGGAGAACGAUGGCUCCGGAAGUGAUGAUUCCGAAGCGGAGGAGAUGGCCAAUCUUUGCCUCAUGGCCAUUGAAGAAGAUCAAGCAUCUAAGGAGUUUCUCCCAAUAUCUAACUCUUUUUUUCCAGCCCUAAAGAACGCCAAUCUUCCUCAUUUUGUCUUCUCAAUUGCUCUUGCGUUUGUUCCUCCGCCGUUACCCGACCCAUUUUUCUUCUGUCCCAAGUCAGUUCCCUCUCUCGCCGCCAUGAUUAUCUCUGAUUCUGAUUCAGCUUCCGCGUCGUCCAAUUCUCGCCAAGCCGAUCAAUCGGCCUCUGGCUGUGACCUAAGCCAGACUCAAUCGUCACAGCCGUCGCCGCUAGCCAUGCCCGGCCAGAAGCUGCGCCGGUUGAGGAAGCAAUUUCCUUCCUCGACCCUAGCACGGGGGGGCUCGAGGGUUAAGAUGGAUGAGAACAUCAUGGCGUUGUGCCAUUGCCAAAUUACUGACCGGGGGUUCGUCGAUGCCACUGACAUGGUUGGACCCUCUAUUGAGGUUCUAAGGCCCACCAGCACCCAGACCGCCCUAGACGCUCCUUCGGGAUGCAAGGAUGUAGGGGUGAAGCCUACCCUUGACCAUUUUUUGUUUACCUUCAAGCUGACCAAGGGUCAUAAGGAUUGGGCGUCCUAUGCCAGCCUUUCCCAAAGGUCCAGCAAACUUUUCACCAGUGAUAAGAAGGGGUCGACCAAGGACUGGAAGCCCUUCUUUGUCUUUGUCUCAACGGGGCCUGAAUCUCCUUUCACGGGUUCAGGGCUCCAGUCCUUCCACCGUAUCCCAUGUCCCCCACCCGACGCCACCCUCCUGUCCAUCACCCGGCAACUCUGCGGUCAAAGGGCCGCCGAGAUUAAGGAGGUGGUGACUGAAGAAUCCCUAGUAGCGCUGGGGUUUGAGUUUGUCCAGGAUGAGCUUCUUGAGCCACAAGGACUAGAAAAAGAGAUGGACAGUGAUCUCUUGCUCGGUCGCUUCGUUGCAGGGAAGAAGAGGAAGAGAGACGCGACCAAGCCAAGCAAAAGCAAGCGCUCUUCCUCUCGAGGCGAAGACGGUCCUUCUUGUGAGCAGGUCGUGAUUGAGGUGGAGGACCAGGAUGAUGCAGCCCUGGGAACAGGGAUGAUGGCGAUCAAUCCCACGCCGCGUUCUCUGGUGCUAGGUGGCGACCUCGCUGGGUCGUCCCAGGAGGCCUUUUCGGAGCGACCUCGUUCGCCUCCCGCAGUGACCUACGAGGCCACGCUGGGGAUGAUUGAGCUUGUUGGUCGGAGACAAGAUCUCCAAGCAGUGAUGGAUGCGGAGAGGAGGGCCAUAGAAGAUAAGCAGAGAGAACUGCAAGAGGAGGUCGCCCGCCUCGCAAGAGAGUCGGAGGUGGAGAAGGAGGGGGAGAAGACCGAUCUGAUUCAGCAACUAGAAGUGGAGAAGAGCGAUCAGGCCCGUCGCGUGGAAGAGGCGAUCGAGUUGUUCAAAUCUUCUCCUGAUUUUGCUGCGGUCGCUAUGGAGCGGAUGGACAAGCUGGCGGCUGAAUGGCUCAAAACCGAGCCCGGGGCCCAAUGGAUGGUUAAGGAGGUAACAAAGUCCUUCAACUGCGGACUCUUUCGCGCCCAGCAAGUCUUUCGCAGCAAGCUAGCCCGGCUCCCCAAAGGAUUUUCCUUCCCCGACCUUGGUCUUCCUCCCCCUUGCCAUGCCUUGGCUGAGUUCGACCCCAGUCCUUACCUGGACGAGGGAAGCUCGAGUGCCUCUGACGAGGAAGAAGAAGAAACUGUGGACGACCAAGAUGGGCAAGGCGACCAGGAUCCUGCUGCCAACCAAGCAGCGUCCAAGGCGGGUGGAAGCGCUAGCUCAGGCAUCUGAUUUACCUCCCUUUUCUUGUAUUCUUUACCUUUGAACUUGUGCAAAAGAUUAUCCUAAAAGUGUAAUAAACAUUUUCAUAAAUGUAUUUCGAUGUU